UGAUUAUAUUGUCAAAAUCGUGGAGGCCCAUUUCCUCAAUAAGGAUGAAAAGCUACUUUUGAUGCUCCGGGAGAUUGUGGCGCGAUGGAGGGGGGACGCCAGGAGAGGAUUUUGGUGUCGGUGCGCCUCCGUCCUUUGAAUGAAAAGGAGAUCUUAAGGAACGAUGUUUCCGAUUGGGAGUGUGUGAAUGGCACCACCAUUGUCUACAAGAAUGCUCAUCUCUCAGCCUCUGAGAGGUCUAUGUAUCCCGCAGCCUAUGUAUUUGACAGUGUAUUUAACCAUGGUUGCUCCACAAGAAAGGUGUACGAGGACGCAGCGAAGGAAGUGGCUCUAUCGGUUCUCGACGGAUUUAAUUCAAGUGUUUUUGCAUACGGACAGACAAGCAGUGGAAAGACGUAUACCAUGUCUGGAAUUACUGAGUAUGCCAUUGCAGAUAUAUAUCAACAUAUACAAGAACAAGCUGAGAGAGAAUAUGUUUUGAAGUUCUCUGCAAUGGAGAUAUACAAUGAGUCAGUGAGGGACCUUCUGUGUUCAGAUAAUACUCCACUUAGACUUCUGGAUGAUCCAGAGAGAGGGACCGUUGUCGGGAAACUUAUAGAAGAAACUGUGAGAGACUGGGAACAUGUCAUGAAUCUUCUUUCCAUAUGUGAAGCUCAAAGACAGAUUGGGGAAACCAACCUAAAUGAAACAAGUUCCCGAUCUCACCAAAUAAUCAGAUUGACUGUUGAAAGUUCUGCUAGAGAGUUCUUAGGGAGGGAAGGCUCUAACUCUCUUGUAGCAACUGUGAACUUUGUUGAUUUGGCUGGAAGUGAGCGUGCAUCUCAAUCUUUAUCAGCUGGCACCAGACUGAAAGAAGGCUGUCAUAUAAAUCGCAGUUUACUGACCCUGGGCACUGUCAUUCGCAAACUAAGCAAGGGGAGAAAUGGGCACAUUCCUUACAGAGAUUCUAAGCUAACUCGGAUACUACAAUCAUCCUUAGGAGGGAAUGCUAAGACAGCCAUCAUCUGCACACUUAGCCCAGCCCGGUCUCAUGUUGAGCAAUCCAGAAACUCACUUCUUUUUGCUAGUUGUGCCAAGGAAGUGUCUACCAAUGCUCAAGUUAAUGUAGUUAUGUCCGACAAAGUUUUAGUAAAGCAUUUGCAGAGGGAGCUAGCAAGGCUUGAGAGUGAGUUGAGGAGUCCAAGAUCUUCUUUUCACAUGUUAGCAGAUAAUGGUGCAGUGCAAGAGAAGGAUAUUCAAAUUGAAAAGCUGGAGAAGGAAAUAAAAGAUUUAAAAUUGGAUCGUGACAUAGCUCAAACUCAAAUAAGAGAUCUGCUGCAGCUGCUUGAGGAUGAUAGGAAGUCAAUGUUACAGGUUCGGGAUGAUGAAAGUUCUGUUAUACGGGUUGGUUAUGGGCACUACCCAAAUUUGCGAGUGCGGAGAUCAGAUGAUGAUCAGAGGCCAAUGCCCAUUGUAAGAGUUCCUGUCUCCCCUGAUGCGGAUGUCAGAACAUGCUCUGAUGGUCACAGCCGGAGUAGUUCUGAAGAUCAAUUCAUACAUGUCCCAGGCUUUGAACAGAACUAUCUUCGCAGUAGUAACUCUUCUCGGCCCGUAGUGGUUAGUAGCCCCUCAUCCUUCACCGAGAGUGAUUCUUUUCGAGGAUGGGAUGAUGUGGAGAAACAAAGUGAUAGGGUUUCAGUGGACCUAUGCAAGGAAGUUCAAUGUAUUGAUACGGAAGAAGAAGAAGAAGAAGACGAAGAAAAAGAAGACGAAGAAGAAGAAGCAGAAGAAGAAAAAGAGGAAGCGGAAGAAGAUAUUGGUGAAAUACUUGAAGAAAAAACCAUAGCAAGAAUUUGUGUUGGAGAUAUAGGGGGAACAGAUAGGGGAACUAUAUCUUCUCCACUUGAGGAAGAUAAUGUAUUGCCAAAAGUUCCCUUGAAAGUAGAGUGUGGAUUAGGAUUGGUAUUACUCUUUCAGGAUGAAGAAAAACAAGUGCUUCCAUCAUCAGUUGGCGAGAGAGAAAGUUAUCCAGUCAAAGAAUUGUCACCACAGGAGAUGGCAACAGAUUCACCUGACUUGAGAUUAACUAUAAGUAGAAGCUGUGAAGAAAGUCUAGUUAAUGACCCAUCCUCUCCAAGGAAUGAAGAAGUAGAACACCCUCAAAGUACAACACCUUGUUGUCUGGAGAGGAAUCUGAAUGUAGAACCUCUGGCUAUUGAAAUGGAAGUUUCUUCGUUCGACUUUGGAGCUAAUGUAGAAGUUUCUAAAGAAGAGCAUUAUGUUCCAUCUGCGGAUAGUGAUGAUGGUAUUCAGCUUGAACCAUCACAGAAAGAGAACUCUUCCAAUGACAAUAGUGGUGAUACAUGUGAUGAAGAGACUAAGGAAAUGGCCGUUGUCCCUCAUGAUGAAGUAGUCUCUCAUUCAACUGUGGCAGUUAAGGAAACUGAUGAAGAAGCAGAUAAACCACCAUUGAAGACCGUCAAAGAUGUCGGCUUGGAUCCAAUAGAAGAUGAAGUCAAAGGUCUUACAAGUUGGCCUUCAGAGUUCAAGAGACUCCAAAAAGAGAUAAUUGAACUGUGGCAUGCUUGCCAUGUUUCACUCGUUCACAGGACGUAUUUCUUUCUACUUUUCCGAGGUGAUUCUGCUGAUGCCCUCUAUAUGGAGGUAGAGCUGAGGAAACUCUAUUUCCUCAAGGACACGUUUGCUCGUACGAAGAAGAAGACAGUUUUCAAUGGGCGUAUCCUAUCACUUGAGCAAAACAUUAAGGAUCUUCAAGUGGAGAAGAAGAUGUUGACUAAGCAAAUGCUCAAGAAGUUAACAGAACAAGAACGUGAAAGCCUCUACCUGAAGUGGGGAAUCACACUUCAUACAAAACUUAGGAGGGCUCAAUUGGCUAACCGGUUAUGGAGCAGGACGGAUAAUAUUACCCACAUCACUGACAGUGCCUACUUAGUUGCAAAGCUCGUCGGGUUUAUGGACAUCGGGCAGGCUCCCAAGGAAAUGUUUGGACUCGACUUUGGAUCUCGUGCUUCUCCAAACUACUAUAGCUUCAAACGCAGCUUGAUUUCUCUUUUAUAGUAAAACCGUGUGUGAAGGAAUGUAUAUUUUCUCAGGUUGAUAUAUGAUUAUGAUGUUACUAUAGUGGCCUUCCUUGCCUUCGUUCUGUAUAUUAACUGCAAAGAAUAUUAUACUCCGGGUACAUCUGUCUUGGUGAGUGAGCCAUUAUAUAGUAUAUCAAUUAAAAGUUCACUAAUUUAUUUUGGCCUCACCAAUUCUGAACUGAAGAGACUUAUUUCACCAAGUUAAUUUCAAUAAAGCUUCGCAUCUGGGCAGGGUCGCUGGUCGCACAACUGUUAGUCUUCUAGAGAGCCAGACAAACUGAAGUUGUCAAGGUUGGCGGACUCAAGUAGCCAAUGGAAGCUAAAGCCUGUUGAUUAAAUUGUGUAUAGACAAUUAUGACAGGAGGGAGAUAUUGGAACUUAUAGUAGUUUUUUAGGUAUAGAAUGUAUACUCAAAUACACUUUCAUGAUUUCAUGGAUGAAACUAUUUGUUUUCUCUUUUCUUCAAUAUUUUUUGCAUAAAAG